GUUCUUGUUGGUCCAUUGUCCUUGUCCCAGGUUGCUUGUUGCUUCGUUGCUCAUUCUGUUUUUGGAAGUCAUGUCAAGUUUCUAAUUUAGGUCUAAGUCGUACUUUUGUUACUCAGAGUAUUUUUGGUUAUUACUUUAAGUUGUAUUUUUAGAAUUAAAGAUUUUUGAGAUUCUUCUACUCCUGCCUUGCCUCCCUGCAUUUGGGUCCUCCACGCCAGGCCGUGUGUUCCUUGUCCUUCACCAUCCCCAACCGUGGUACAUGCAGUGUUUUAGUCACAUUAUGCAAAUGUUCACGGCCACAUCUGCAGGGAGAAGUGUGGGAGGAGGAAGGCACUGUUCACUCCGACUUUGCUGAACUUUGACACAGUCAGGGCUCUUCAGUCACACUCGGAUACAAAAGGGGGGAAUGAUCAAACCGAGACGCCGCUGCCCCUUCCCUGAAGUCUCCUGAUGACCCCAGGAGGUACCACACACUCACCUCUCUUCCUGUUGGAAAUAAAAGUCAAACCUAUUUUGCCUUUAGCAAGGAGCCGAUUUGAGACUAUCAGGAUCACCACCCCGCCAGUGGUCGAUAUAUGCCAGACCUCCAGAUCUUUUCUGGGAUGGAGCCGACAAUCUCCAAGUUGAAUCCAUCUUCCCCAGAGAGCUUGGACCUCCAGCUUCGAGUGGACUUCUUCCGCAAGUUGGGUUACUCCACGGCUGAGGUCAACGCGGCCCUCUCCAAGCUGGGCCUCAGUACGGACAACAACUCCAUGCUGGAGGAGCUGGUUCAGAUCAGCAGCGUCGCGCAGGGUUCAUCCGGCGAGCAGGAAGACAGGAGCCCAAUCCCCAAAGAGGAUUCAAAUCCAGUGUCCAGACCCCUUAGAAAUUUGACUCAACUUGAAGGCAAUAGGAGUGCCGAUUGCGAGUUGAGACCCAUUGUUAUUGAUGGCAGCAAUGUUGCCAUGAGUCACGGCAACAAGGAAGUGUUCUCGUGUCGAGGCAUCCAGCUGGCAGUCAACUUCUUCCUGCAGAGAGGACACACCGCAAUCACGGUGUUUGUUCCGUCUUGGCGGAAAGAGCAGAGCAGACCGGAGGCGGCCAUAAAGGAUAAGAACAUCCUAAUGGAGCUGGAAAAGCAGAAACGAGUGGUCUUCACUCCGUCACGCCGCAUUGCCGGCAAGUUGGUGGUUUGUUACGACGACCGCUUCAUCGUCAAGUUGGCGUACGACUCGGGGGGCGUGAUCGUGUCCAACGACACCUACCGCGACCUGCAAGGAGAAAGACCUGAGUGGAAGAAAUGCAUUGAGGAGAGGCUCCUCAUGUACUCCUUCGUUAAUGACAAGUUCAUGCCCCCAGACGACCCUCUGGGCCGUCACGGUCCCAAUCUCGACAACUUCCUCAGGACGAAGCCAUUGCCCAAAGAGCAAAUGAGACAGCUCUGCCCAUAUGACAAAAAGUGCACUUAUGGCAUGAAAUGUAAGUUCUACCACCCAGAGAGGGCUAAGCAGUCUUACCUGUCCUUGGCCGAUGAACUGAGAGAAAAAGCCCAGAUUUUGCCUGGGAAGGCGUGUCACCAGUCAUCAUACGGACCGUCUCAGUCGAUGCCAUACAGCCGUCCUCAGGAACUCAACACGUUAGCCCAUCAGUGGUCUUUACAUCCCAAUCAGAACAAUCAAAACAAAGUGUUGUACUGGAAAGUUCCCAAUCCUGCAUUGGCCUCUGGUCAUCAAGAGUGUUCCGGGCCAAACCAUUACCAGUCCAGUGCCCCUCACGAGUACUUGGACUCCGGCCUAGGCUCCUAUGAAACCCAGUACUGUGAUAUUUGCUUCAGAAACUCGCACAGGGUUGCCACCCAGCCCCAACGUGCUGGACCCAAGCAGUCCUGUUCGUGUUCCAGAAACGUAGAUUUUGCAAAUCCAUUCAUGUUCCCAGUAGGUGCAGCACAGAACCACAGAGUACCAGGCCCAUCGAAUGGAGCUCCUCAUUGUCAGAGAAAUUACUGGUCAGAUCCCUUUCCUAGGCCGCCCCAAGCCGAAAUGUGCAGUCCGCUUCACCCAGUUCAUCCCUCGCACCGGGACAGCUUUUGUUGCUCAUGCUCAGAGCAGCAGUACCCCUUCUGGCUUCAGAAGCAGUUUGACGGCCAAAGACUAGAACUGCGCAAGAAACUCCAAGCCAUUUUCAGUCUUCAACAGGUGGAUACAGUGAUGGACAUGUUCCCACAUGUGAUGAAUGCUGAGAAACUGGCCGCGGAGAUCCUAAACCUCAAGGCUCAGGAUAGGAUUUUCCUGUAAGUUCUGGAAGCACCCAAAGUAUUUGUUUUAAACUUCUACAUUCAAAGUGAGAAAACCUUUGGCUGGGGGGCAUGGUGCAUGGUGCAGUUGCAAGAAAAUCCAAAAACCUCAAAGAAACUGUUAUUUAAAUGCAUUUUUAUAAAAUACUCAUAAUAUAUGAUAAUAUACAAGUUUGCUUUUGGGAUCAUAUUUUUUCAUGCAUUGAGUAGGGCUCUCGAAGGAUUUUGCAGUGAUGAUUGCUCCUUCAAUACAUAAAAAAAAUGUAUACUGGAAACACACCCAAAAUCAUUCUUUUAUUUUUUUUAAUACUUUCAUCAUGGAAUACGUGUCAGUUGCUGAUGUA